AUGCCUCCAGCCAACUGCGCCGCUCGUCGGAACGGGAUAGAAGAGCCUCUAUCCGGGCCGUUGGUUCGGAUGCCAGCCUCGACGAAUGGGUUCUUAAGCCGCAAACGGGCCGAAUCGAACGUCUUCUUGUUGGUGGACAAGUCCGGUCAACGUCGACGUGCUUUCCUUCGUCCAUCGACAGAGCAACCCAACAUGGUCGUCACCGAAAAGCAGGUCUAUGAAGACCGCUACAACGCGGUCGCCUCGGUGCUACCGACUCCCAACCUUCAGGCCAGCAGCGCCAAACCCAGCCAGCGCAAGCCGACGCCUACGCAUCGAUGGGUGGUCGCAGGUCUGUUCUUGCUGAGCUAUUUCUGGCUUUGCUCGCCAGCUGGCCAAGAAACGUUCGAUGGCAUCCGUCGCAGGAUCCACCACCACAGCGGUUGCUCCACCGACGCACCUUACCUGCGGCCAGAGAACGAGACCGAUUUCUCGCAGGCCCAGCGCGGAGAGGUGGUCUGGUUCGACUGCGCAGACGAGAAGCGCUACCCUUCGCCCCUCAAGUGUGGUCGCAUGAAGGCCCCUCUCGACUGGACCAACGUCGAUGAGGACAGCCGAAAUGCUUCAAUCGCCGUCAUCUUCUAUCCAGCUGGUGCCGGCAAGACGCCUAAGGGCGAGGUGUUGGGCUCGCUGCUUACCAACCCCGGCGGACCAGGUGGCUCGGGCUUCGAGUUUAUCGCUCGCAAGAAUGCUGCCAAGAACAACGAGCUGCUCGCUGCUAACUUCGACACCAUCCUUGACCACAAGUACAACAUCGUUUCGUUUGACCCUCGUGGCGUUGGUCGUACUUUCCCGCGCAUGGAUUGCUGGAACAACACGGAGAAGAGCUUUGUUCACCGGAUCGAGACGGGCUCGUUUGGUGCCCUCUACUCGCAUCCUGGCGCGCUGGACAGCGAGAUCGGUUCUAACCUGGCAAGCAUCGACCUGCUCUCUGAGCUAUGCAGCGCCGAUCCUUUCGUCUCUGAGCACGGCAAGUACGUAGGCACCACCGCUGUAGCUCGAGACAUGCAGCUCCUCCACCGCUUCUUUGGCGACAAGCGCAUCAACUACUGGGGCUUCAGCUACGGCACCGUGCUAGGCUCCACGUUUGCCGACAUGUUCCCUCAAGACGUCAACCGCUUGAUCAUCGAUGGCGUCGUCGACGUGCCCAACUACAUGGAAGGCCUCUGGAGCGACAAUCUCAAGGACACCGACGGCGGCUUCGACGGCUUCUUCAAGGAAUGCGUCGAUGCCGGCUCCGAGGCGUGCCCUCUGGCUUCGCAGUCGUCGGAUGCCGAGGAGCUGCAGAAGAAGUUUCUCGACUUUCUUGAUGGGCUCAAGCUGCACCCAAUCCCCGUGGUUCAGGCCGAAGUACCGCAGCUGCUCACUUUCAGCAUGGUGAUCGAGACCUUCUUCACCUCGCUGUACAAGCCUGCUGGAUGGCUAAAACUUGCCAGCAUGAUCAAUGACGCCAUGAACGGCAAUGGCACCACCUUCGUUGAUGCCAACGGUGACUCGACGUACCACAUUCCCAUCACGCCCGAGUCGGAGGAAGCCAACGCCGCCAUCGCCUGCGGCGACGCCCUGCAAGGACCGAGCGCCAAAUCUUGGAGCAUCGAGCGGGCCAAGGACCAUAUUCGCACGCUCGAGGCCGACUCUCCCCUCUUUGGUCAAUUCUUUGCCGAUCAGGGCAUCAAGUGCAUCGGAUCGUGGAAGCUACGAUCGAACGAGCGACACCGUGGUCACUUUGACAGCAACACAUCCUACCCCUUGCUCACCCUCGGCAACGACUUUGAUCCUGUAACGCCUGGUCGGUUCGCGGACAAGAUGGCAGAUCUGUUUGGUUCGGCUGUUUCCGUGCGUCGUGCGGGCUACGGACACUGCAGUAUGUCGCAGCCGUCCAAGUGCAUCAACAAGAUCAUCGGCGAGUACUUUGUGAACGGGACCGUGCCUCACAAGGGUACCAAGUGCGAUGUCGAUGAGUCGCCUUUCCCUCAACCGAAGAACGAGUCGAGCGCUGUGGUCGCGCUUUCGAUCGAGGAGGCUCGCGAGCUGGAGAGGAGCCAAGCCAUGGCCUCGAUUAGCGAAGCUGUGACCGAGCUCAAUGUCCGUCACCGACUGUAG